AUGGAACAUGAAGAGUUAUAUGAUGCCCUAGACAAUUCGAGACCAUCAGAACAAGAGUUACCGCUUGAAGAUUUUGGUGAUUGUGAGUUGAAAUCCAAGCCAUAUGUCGGAAUGCAAUUUGACUCCCUUGAUGAUGUUGAAACUUUUUACAAAGAAUUUGCCAAAAAAGAAGGUUUUGGAAUCCGUAUCCGUACGAGUAAAAAAGCACCCAGAAGUGAUGAUGUAACAAGUCGUAUUUAUGUAUGUUGUAGUAAAGGGCAGUGCAAAACAAAAAAUGCAUUAGACAAUGGUUUGAGUAGAGAUGAUGAAAACAAGGCUCGUAGAAGUUGCUCAAGUCUUAGAACUAGAUGUGAAGCAAUGCUUAGGGUCAUGAAGAAUAAGAAGUUGCAGAAAUGGGUUGUGAAGGGAUUUGACAACAACCACAAUCAUGGUAUUAUUAGUCCAAAGAGUGUGUCAUACCUCCGAUGCCACAAAAAAAUGUCUACCGCUGCUAAGAGUCUAGUUGAAAAAUUUGGUGAAGAAGGUCUUCCAACAGGAAAAGUUGCCAUGAUGUUCAAUGUAGGUGACCAAACAUUUACAAGUAGAGAUUGUUGGAAUCACUUGAGAGAUGUUAGGGGAAAAAAUCUAGAUGUUGGAGAUGCCUCAGCUGUCCUUAAUUAUUGCCAAAAACAACAAGCUCAAAACUCCAAUUUCUUUUAUGCAAUUCAAUGUGAUGAUGUUGACCAUAUGGUUAAUUUUUUUGGGGUGGAUGCGCGAUCAAGAAUGGCUUAUCAAUACUUUGGGGAUGUAGUGACAUUUGACACAACUUACAAAACAAACAAGUAUGAUAUGCCAUUUGCUCCUUUUACGGGGUUAAACCAUCAUUGUCAAUCAAUUUUAUUUGGUUGUGUAUUGUUGCAAGAUGAGACAGAACAAACUUUUGUGUGGCUAUUUGAAACUUGGCUUCAAGCAAUGAAGGAUUAUAUAAUAUUCAAGAGUCAUGGGUACCGGUUUACAAUAGAAAUACUUUCUUUGCAGGAAUGA